AGCCCGAUGAUCACAUUGCGCACAUUUCAGCCACCCGGCCCAUGCAGUGUUAUCGACAAGCGCAUCUUCUCUUCUGUGUCUUCCUCUCCCCGGAACCCGACAGCUCCAACCUCCAUGGCUCCUCCGCCGCGGCGAAACUCGCCGCAAAAUCCCGACCGGAGGAAGGGUGAGGAGCCGUGGCUGGCGGCGAGCCUCCGCCCCGCGAACUUCCUCCCGGGCCUCGCCAUCGGGUUCCUCCUCGGCCUCCUCCUAGACCUGUCGUCAUCGUGGAGGCCCAAAUCGAGGCCCGCGCCGGCUCCGGCCGCGGCGCCCGCGCGUGGCUCCAGCUCGAAUCGGGCGUCGAAGGGUUCGUUCGGCUCCGGCGGCGAAGAGCUGAAGAUGGUUUUGGUCGUGCGUCAGGACCUCAAGAUGGGGGCUGGGAAAAUAGCGUCUCAAUGUGCUCAUGCAGCAACUGGCUUGUAUGCAGAAUUGAUGUCAAGCAAUCGAGGUCUUUUGAGACAGUGGGAGCAACUUGGACAAGCUAAGAUUGUUUUGACAUGCAAGAAUCAACAGGAAAUGAACAGGCUAAAGGAAACUGCAGAACAUCGAGGUAUCCCAACGUUUAUUGUGGCUGAUGCAGGCCGCACACAGGUGUUGGCUGGAUCUAAAACAGUUCUUGCAAUAGGGCCAGGGAGGAAAGCUGACAUCGAUGCAGUUACUGGGAAAUUGCGUUUGCUAUUCUCUACUGGAGAUACCAACCUUGUUCUUCGGGAAUUUGAGAAAUGUGGAGUAAUAUUGAGACAUCAGUCUGGUCCAAGAUAUGGUAACUGGAUCCACAUAUUGUACCAGUGCUCAUAUGACGCUCGGAAGGCCCUUCAGAAAAAUGGUAUCCAACUAAGCAGUGGGCUCAUAGUUGGAGUGAAAUCCAUUGAUCCAGUGCACCGUCAGCAGCUGGAUAAGAGGUUAAUUGGAAGCAAUCAAGGAGGUUUCAUGGUGUCCUUGCCUUCAAAGCCACUUACCCUGAAGAACACAGGUGCAUCCAACCAGCUAGGAGCUUUGCCCCGGCCAUAUGACCCGAAGGCUAACACAAAUGUUAACCGAGAUGCAGGCCGUCGUGCAACCGGCAGCGUUGCUGCACCAGCAAAAUCAAUUGUAACCAAUGUCAUGGAUUUGAUAUUUGGCAUUUGAUAUAUGUUAAUGAUGACCUAUGAAUCGUCAGCAUUCUCUGUUUAUUCUGUCCAGUCAUUUGAGAAUGCCAGUGCGCCAAAGAAUCGGCAACAAAUUUUGCUGAAAGAGAUAUUACAGAGAGCAAACUUCUUUCUUUUUGUGUUGUAACAUUCAUAUUGUGCAAUUUUCACGUUUAGUUGCACUUCUGUUGUCUUGUGAGCUGCCCAGAUGAGGGCAGCUGUUGGAUGUUGGUGGCUUAUGAUAUAACUUUUGGAGUGGGAGAUUUUGAUA